AUCCUAUUGGGAUGCUUAGUGAGAAAGAUUCUUAGAAGGGUCAUACUUGUAUACCACUCCUUACUGAACUUCAUCUAUUUAGCCCAGUACCAUACUUAUAAUGAUCAAACCCUAAACUAUCUUCAAAAUGCUUUGGAUAUAUUUUACAAGCAUAUGAAGGUGCUUAUUAAGUUGGGUGUAAGGUACCACUUCAAUAAUUCAAACAUACACAGCCUUAUCCACUAUAUCAGCCCUAUAUGUCUGUUUGAUGUUAUGGACAAUUACAAUACAGAGGUAUUUGAGCACCUUCACAUUGAUUUUACUAAGAACAUCUAA